UGUUGCGUUCCACCAGGAGGAUUGGUGUCGUUGCUGCUGGCAUCUUCGUUGGCCUUUCAAUGCAUCAAGUGGAAGGCCAUGUUUACCUGAUGGUCCCUGUGAGCCGCAACUUUUGGGCAACGGACGCUUUCCAAGAAAGUUCCUACUCGGACAUCAAUUGGUGCCCUCACUGUUUCCAGAGCCGGGGACCGAGUGCGGUUCGCGAACGAGGGGAAGAGAACACGGAAGAAGCCGUGCUCGCGAUGUACGGUCGUGGGGAAUGGCCCCACCUGUUUUCGUACGAACGAAACGAGGUUCAUGGCAACGGAAACUACUACGAGCCGGAGGAAAUCUCCGUCAGGCACGGCAUUUGUGGCGACCCCGAACAAACCAAGGCUGAGGGCACCAACCUCUACGGACAAGAAAAUAGCAAGUACCCGGUACACGGCAAGUACUCUGAAGGCGGAAUUAUUGAGAUCAAGAUUGUGGUCUCCACCUACCAUUGGGUGAGAGAGCUGCCCGAGCUAAGUGCCCAAGGUUUCAUCUGCGGGAUUGCAUACCUGGCGUUUUUGGUGCUAGUCGCGGCGUUUGCUGUUGUCGUCUUCGUCUUCGUCGUCGAGGAGGGGGAGUGGAAGAGCGCUCCAACGCUCUACGCGCACCGCGCCUAUGAAGCGGUGCCCGGCAAAUAUCGAGCACUAGACUACGUCCACGGAGGUAGCGGCCACCUCGAGUUCUUCAUCUGUAAUGCCGAGGACAUGUCUGAUCCGGACGGGGUCGUGACUCAGGGCUGCUUUAACAUGCACCCGCUCGAUCGUGCGGACGAUGACGGGGAUGCUAGCCCCAUCGACCCUGACCAUAUUGGCAGGUACUACCUGGACCCGCCCUGCCGCGCCGGUGAGACGGAUCAGGAUACUCUACCCGGAGCUUAUCCCGGCGAUGUCGCCACCGCACGGUACAAGCUGCCGAGCGGGCUCACGUGCAGCCGCUGUAUCUUACAGAUGGUCUACUAUACCGGCAACGCGUGCAAGCAUCCGGGGUAUGACGAGUUCGACCCAGUCUCGGUACCUGACGGGUGCGCUCCGACCAAGGAAGACUGGGUGCAGACGCAGCUGGGCAUGUGCGGCGAGGACGGCAGAUACCCAGAAGAGUUCUGGAACUGCGCCGAUAUCGAGAUCACCAGCGACGAAGAUGGAGGUGGGCCCGCCCCUACAACCCCUUCGCCCACCGACGAGGAGGAGCUUUCGCCUACCCCUGAGCCGUCCGUUCCCACUGUGGAACUCCCUCGAACACCGGAGUAUGGAGAGCCCACACCGGCACCGCCCGUCUCUGGCAUGGAAUCAACGCCCGUCCCUUCCGUGGCUCCGGCGUCUCCGACGGCGACAUCGUGUGACGACCCCGCGGAAGUGUACGAGCAGUGCGGUGGCGAUGACAGCUACGAUGGACGUACAUGUUGUGUCGAAAACUCCGAGUGCGUGGAGCUCGCCGACUGCUACUCUGAGUGCCGCCCGGCUGAGACUACCCCUGAGGACAACUGCUCUGGAGAGUGGGGUCAAUGCGGCGGAAAUCAGUGGCAAGGACCGACCUGCUGUGAGGAAGGCAACGACUGCGUCGUUAGCAACGAAUGGUACCACCAGUGUAUUCCGGAGACGACUUGAUCUGAUCGUUCUGUAGAAAUACUGUCGAUCUGACCUGGUCUGUCUUCUUCCUCUUGAGCAUUCCUGCAAGAUCCUUUGGGUUUCGAUCCACAAACGAUCUGAUCUGAGUUCUCGACACGCAUAGUUCCUUUUGGUAUGACGUCAUUCCUCAUUGAAAACGUCUGGGUCGUCUGAAAUUCUUUUUUCUUUCAAUCUGGCGGAGAGGGAAAAAUGGGGAGGACAGAUAUCGGGGAACGGGAAAGCAACCUGCAACAUCGAUGAGGCGGCGAGCGAAAGGGGAAAGGGCAUAGUCUAGUCGAGAGAGCGUAACGAUGCCCGCACGUAUCUACAUAUGCUUUGCUACGUGCGUGCGGCAAUAUGUGGAGGCUCCGCCGUCGUUGCGUGCCAACAGUACUAGCUCAAGCAAGGGGGGGAGUGGUUUGGGGUCAUCGUGUUGGAGAAAGUUAAGGCAGACGUGUAGCGAACGACUGCACGAGGGGGAUCGACCAAAAAAACUGUCUCGGAGGAAAAGGGAAGUAUCUCUUUGUACUGAGUGUGUACGUUCGAAACACGGGGGUAUCUACCAGUUAUCCAUGUAGGAAUGCUGUAACGUCGGGUAUGGUUCUUCUGAAACAUGAAAUCCGAUGUAAAUGUGGUCAUGCGGGUAUCACCACCCUACAGCGAAUGCCGCACCUUUUUUCUUGUCUACGGGAAGAGGUGUGUGCAUGUACGGAUGCUCGCAGCACACCUUCCAUCGGUUUCGAGUGACCUACUGUGAAUUUCGUUGUUCUUGCUUUUCAACGGCGUGAGGCACAGCCACUCAAUCGUUCGGAUGGGCGAGGUGUUGGUGACGUAUGUAUGUAGUAUUUGUUUGGCUAGUAGUCAUCACCUUCAUCAGGUGUGGAUAUUGACGGUCAUGAUCACCACCACGUAGUUAUUGGGUCGUUUCGCCUGUUGCGCGCUGAAAGAAUGGGCGAGUUCACUUUCGUUGUUGCCCGGGCCGUCACCAAGCGCGAUACUCCACUAUAGUUAUCGGGUAUUAAACGUAAGCCGGGUCGCGAAAACCAAGACAAGUCUACGGCUCACAACUCCCGGAUCUUCAUUCUGUUUUGAACGAGAGGGACAUUGUCGUUGCUUCGAAGUCCGUAUGGUCUUCGUCAUCUGAAAUGCGUGGUGGGUUGUUCUUCAGUCACCUGUCGCCCUCGAAAUGUGCUACGUUCAUGGUAUGGUUGGAUUUGGGUUGGAAACCACGAAGAAUGACUUCAUGGAGAAUUUUUCGCUAGCGUGCGUGUUGGUUCGUUCCUGAUUUGUAGCAUGGUUCUUCGGCUGUACAUUGAAUGACGAUCGAAGGGCGCGCGAAGAAGUAACUAGGAAGUCCCCGACUUGAGAUUGAGCAAUCGACGGGUACCGGUAGCACAGAAUCAUUCCGCGAUGUCUUGCGGAGCAGCAUUCUCGGGGUUGUGUGAUUGGCCAUGUGUAGUUUGUCAACAUGAGGCUACGCCCCUUUGACAGUGCGUACAUCAUGAUGACACCUACGUUGCAUAUAAUUUGCCAGCCACCAGCUGGGGAUUCAACUAAUAUUAUGUGCAUGGUGAAUGGGGCACGGAUCCCGUCAAAUAUGCAGGCUCUGGUAGCAGACUAUUGGGUCAUCACCAUUAUUAGCAGUAGUUUGGCCACGACGCAUAGACACUCCUCCUCCUUUCGAGGGGAAGUGACAGGUUUUCGAGGGGAAGAAAGGAUGGAAGCAUGUGAGCAUCACGGGAAGAAAGGAUGGAAGCGUGUAAGCAUCACGGGAAGUGCAGCCAUGAGAGGUGCGCGCACUUCUUGCGAGAAGAGGGAAAGGACACAGGCGCAAUUAGUUCUUGCUUUGCCGCGAGUCUUGAGCUUCUCGGACAAGGACGUCACGUGUUCAACGGCAGGCCCUCCAUGCCUUUCUGGAGGAAGUGGUGGGGGGUCAUUCGAGUAGAAGUGUGGCAGCAGGAGCAUGAAGUCAUUAAAAUCUUGGGAGAAGGGGAGGGGGAUGGGGCGCAUUAUCCACGGCAAGGGAGUCAGUCACUCCAGACGCAAGCAUCUUUUUUGUAGAAGGAGGGGGCGAGCAGUUUAACUGGAGGAGGAUGGUUUUCACCAUGAACGAGGGUUCUUUCAACCCUGAGGGGCAAGUGCCCCUUUUGAACGGGGUGUUGUGGACACGGCGUCGAUGUGGUUGAUCGUGGCGGAGGAGAAUAAGUCCACAAGAGUCUCGUUGCUUGUCUAGAAGGGGUAGUAGGAGAAAGAGUGAAAACGCGUGGUUUUAUCCUCGCUUUCCCACUUUGGAUCUGUAGAACAGAGAAGGUUUCGUGCGUUUCGUGCGCACGAGAAAGUUCAUACAUGGUUCUCUCGGUGCUUGACCAGAGGUGAUUGAAUGCAACACUGAACGGAAUUAAUGCAAUUAGG